CAAACCCACAACCUAGGCAUGUGCCCCCCGACCAGGAAUCAAACCAUGACCUCCUGGUUCAUAGGUUGAUGCUCAACCACUGAACCACGCCUGCCAGGCCCAAUAUGUUAUCUUUGAGGAACAUAGAGUCAGAAAUCCAGCCACACUUAAAUAGGAGAUGCUUGGAUGUGUAUAUAAGGAAGCAGGGCUUCCAUGAAGGCAGUACCUUUGUCCUAUGCUAUUGUAGAAAUGACAAUUAUACUCAAGUGAGCCCAGCGCUGUUUUCUUAGGUGCAUCCUUUGUGUUUCUGGUGUCGGUCUCUUCAUCAGAGGAUGGCAUUAGCCCUGUGUCUGCAGGUGCUGGGCAGCCUGGGAGGCUGGCUCUCCCUCUACAUUUCUUGCUGCCACAUGAAUAAGCACCGAAGCUACGAAUGGAGCUGCCGGCUGGUCACACUCGCCCAUGGAGUCCUCGCGAUAGGCCUCUCAGCGUACAUUGGCUUCAUUGAUGGCCCCUGGCCUUUCACCUACCCAGGCUCACCCAACACACCUCUGCAAGUGCGCAUCCUCUGUCUCACCUUGGGCUACUUCAUCUUCGACUUGGGCUGGUGCAUCUACUUCCAGUCUGAGGGUGCCCUGAUGCUGGCACACCACACCCUAAGCAUCCUGGGCAUCACCAUGGCCCUGGUGCUGGGAGAGUCGGGGACAGAGGUCAACGCAGUCCUCUUUGGAAGUGAGAUUACCAACCCCUUGCUGCAGCUGCGCUGGUUUCUCCGAGAAACAGGGCACUACCACAGCUUCACUGGCGACGUGGCGGACUUCCUCUUCGUGGCCCUGUUCACUGGAGUGAGGAUCGGCUUAGGAGCUCGCCUCCUUUUCUGCGAAAUGGUCUCACCCAAACCCAGGUGGUUUAUGAAGGCGGGGGGCAUAGCCAUGUACGCUGUGUCCUGGGGUUUCAUGUUAAGCAUCUGGCGCUUUGCCUGGAGAAAAAGCAUCAAGAAGUACCACGCCUGGAGAGGCAGGCGGGGCGAGGAGCCGCAGCGGGAACAUCCUGGGCACUAGCCGACGCCUACCGUGGCUGAUGGGUGGGGUGUUAGCCCUGGGGCCCAGGCUGGAAAUAGGGCUGUUAUGGAGCCAUGCUUGUCUAACAAAUGUAGGUUUCAGAAAAAGGGCUCCCCUAAUCAGUCAGUGUCCAAGUGGAGCACAUACCAGUAUUAAAACCCUAACUCCUGCCGUGGUGCAGUCGUAGGAAGGCAGGCUAGCCAGUGGUCAUUGAGUAAAUCAGAACCACAUUCCUUUCGGUUUGUGCUGACUGUGGUCCUGCAGUUCCUGGGCAGCUGGAUGUUCAUAUAGCUCAGAGAGGAACCCGGAAAAGAUGGGCGCUACUUCGUCCUUAUUCCUUUGAGGGGUGACUUUUUCAACAAAUACUACCCUGCUUUCCGUGUAGCAAUUUAAAUAAAUCCCACCAUUUACUACAAA